AGCCCGGCGGAGGGGGAGAGUGUUUGCAAUUAGCUGGACAUGAGGGCGCUGACCCUGUGCCUCCUGUGGCUGGCUUCAGCCCGGGCUCCAGUUUGCUCGGGCUUGAGCUGUUACCACUGCGAGAGCCACGGGCCGUGCUCGGUGGAGGAGUGCCUCCCGGGGCAGGAGCUGUGCCGGACCACCGUGUACCGCAACCGCUGGAAAGAAGGCCAGGACCUGGAAGUGGUGGUGAGAGGCUGUGUUGAGAUGGGGAAAGAGAACAGCUCCAUGUCCUACCGAACGAGCCAGGAGAUUAUCAUGCUGAAGGAGACCGUGUGUGACUCUGACCUCUGCAACGAAAUGGAAGUCCAACCCAGCCCUACUUUCCCUGGGAUUCGGACCUUAGAGUGCGAGUCCUGUGCCUCCUCUGACCAAAGCUGUGAACGAGGCCGGCCCCGGCCCCUUCGCUGCCCAGACCCCACCGACCAGUGCUUGGAGAGGAUCAUCCAAAUCAGCUCUGAAGCAGCAGGUCCCUCGGACGAGCGUUAUGUGCGUGGCUGUGGGACUUUUCCUGACUGCCUCGGCACUGUCGGCUUCCACAACAACGAGACGUUUCUGUUCCUGAGAUGCUGCAACUACAGCCAGUGCAUCAGUGGCCCAAUGAUGAAACUCUCAGACCACCCCCUGAAUGACCUUCAGUGUCACAGCUGUGAGGGGAACGGGACCCACGGCUGCUCCCCGGAGGAGACAACCCUCACUGCCUGCCGGGGACCCAUGAAUAGGUGCUUUGAAGCCACUGGCACCCACAAACACUGGGGUCCCGGCUACACCGUCCGCGGCUGCGUGGCGCCCGCCUGGUGCCAGGCCCCCCAUCUGGCCGCCACCUUCUUCGACCUGGUGCAGCCCCAGACCUUCUGCUGCUUCAGCAAUGAGUGCAACGCCGCUACCGGAGACGCCAACCCCCGGAGGGGCGGGGCCGGGCCCCGCCUCCAGCCCCUCCCCCUCGCCCUCGGCCUGCCUCUCCUGCUGCUGACUCGGACUUGA